UUUUAACUUGUUCUGAACAUAUUAUUAAAUAAAAGGCAUAUUAAAGUGUGCGACUACAGGGCUCAGUAAUUUAAGAAAAAGACUUAAUAAAUUCUGUGCAGUCGUCUCUGAAGUCUCAUCCUUUGUGGUGAUCUCUGUAUUUAUGAUCCUAAGUUACCAGCUUCAUUACCAGAAAACAUUAAGUGCUAUUUAUAAAGGUUUGAAUUUUUCUGCGAAAAACAGUCCUCGCCGUCUUCCUGCCCGGUCCCCUUCGGAGUUGACACCUUUCAGUUUUAGCGAGGACUCAUUGAAAAUACUUGCCACGGAUAUUGAACGACAAAAUGGAAAAAUUCCAAUGCAUCUACCCUUAAGAUCUGGGAGUACUCCAUCUACUCCCUGUCCUGGUAGAACUAACUACUCCCAACCUAGAACUCCUAAUUCUGAGUUUGGUCCUCCAAUCAACUACUCCGCCCCCCUGGGUACUCCACCCAGUGCUCCCCCCAGGCAUCUUCCACUUGGAUCU